GGGAGACAUCGGGCGUUGGUGUGAGGAGAAAAAUAGAAAUUCUUCUUGUUCCAAGAUUGCCCGCUAACGAAAUACCUACAUGAAACUGUCUUGGACGUUCUAUUACAUUUUCCCUAUCCCUAUCUAAUACGAAUCACUCCUCCACUCAUUUGCGUUUCCCGCUGGAGCUCUGCUCAACUCCGCAGUCAUGGCUGGUAACAUAGGAUCUCUUUCGCAACUUCUUGAAGCAAGCUUGGACCCAGGACAGCACAAACAAGCUGAGGCUACCCUUCGGCAGGAGGAGGGGAAGCCUGGCUUUUCCAUCCUUCUGCUUCAGCUCACUGCUACCGAUUCCAUUCCCUAUAAUACCCGUCUAGCGAGCGCACUAUGCUUCAAGAAUUUUAUCAAGCGCAAUUGGACCGAUGAGGAUGGCAAUUAUAAGCUUCCGCUCGACGAAGUAGCCACAAUCAAGCAGGAACUGAUCGCUUUGAUGAUCUCUGUGCCUGCGGGCAUCCAGCCUCAAUUGGGCGAAGCCGUGAGCGUAAUAGCUGAUAGUGACUUCUGGGAAAGAUGGGACACUCUUGUGGAUGAUCUUGUUUCGAAAUUUUCGCCCGAUAAUCCUAUUGUGAAUAUUGGUGUCUUACAGGUGGCCCACUCUAUAUUCAAAAGAUGGAGACCUCUAAUCCGGUCGGAUGACUUGUAUAUUGAGAUCAACCAUGUUUUGGGGAAAUUUGGGAAUCCCUACCUCUCUCUUUUUGAGUCGCUUGAUACCUUCCUUGAGCAAAAUAAAUCCGAUAAACAAAAGCUCACGCAAGGGUUCACACAACUCAAUUUGAUGAUAAAGUUGCUAUACGAUCUAUCUUCGCAUGAUUUACCGCCAAUGUUUGAGGACCAUCUUUCGGCACUUGCCGCACUCCUGCUCAAGUACUUGGUAUACGACAAUACGCUACUCCAUACGGAUGAUGAGUCAGAGUCAGGGCAAUUGGAGUUUGUAAAAGCUGGCAUCUUCGAGGUUUUGAUGCUUUAUGUACAAAAGUAUAUCGACGUGUUUGGAAGCCAUGUUCAACAGUUUAUCGGGAGCUCCUGGAACCUUCUCACGACGAUUGGACAAGACACAAAAUAUGACAUAUUGGUUUCUCGAGCUCUCCAGUUUUUGACUUCUGUUGCGAGAUUUCCAGAACACGCUGUCGCCUUCCAAGAUGAGAGUACCCUGAGCCAAGUCACCGAAAAGGUCAUCCUUCCCAAUAUCAACCUGCGCGACUCUGAUAUUGAGAUGUUUGAAGACGAGCCUAUUGAAUUCAUCCGCAGAGAUCUAGAAGGCUCAGAUAGUGAUACAAGGAGGCGAGCUACUACUGAUUUCCUGAGGCAACUCCUUGAAAAAUUCGAACAAUCCGUCACAAAAGUUGUGACCCAGUAUGCUGAUCAUUACCUGGCGGAAUACAACAAAAACCCGUCAGAACAUUGGAAAGCGAAGGAUACUGCAGUCUACUUAUUUUCAGCUAUCGCAGCGAAAGGCGUUGCAACCGCCAGCCACGGCGUCACAAGCACCAACAACCUGGUUGAUAUAACGCAUUUCUUUCAAAAGUAUUUAGCUACUGACCUAGUUACCGAAAGUGGUGUACAGCCAAUUCUUAAAGUGGAUGCCAUCAAAUUCCUAUAUGCAUUCCGCAGUCUGAUAACGAAAGAUCAGUGGCAUGAAGUCUUACCUCUGCUUGUAAAACAUCUUGGUGCGUCGGAGUACGUGGUGUACACCUAUGCCGCGGUAGCAGUGGAAAGAAUUUUAUUCCUUACGAACAGCAAUGGUCAACCUGUCAUCCCACCUGAUUCGAUUACUCCCUUGGCUGGUGACCUGCUAGAGCAUAUUUUCCGAUUAAUCGAGAAGGACCCAGCGGCACCUAAAGUACAAGAGAAUGAAUUCCUGAUGAGAUGUGUUAUGAGGGUGCUCAUCGUUAUUAAGGAAGCUGCCAUCCCGCUCUCGGACGGAAUCUUGCGACACUUCAUCACCAUCACUCAAAUCAUGAGCACGAACCCAAGCAAUCCGAGGUUUUAUUAUUACCAUUUCGAGGCUCUAGGUGCCUUAGUUAGAUUCGCGGCAUCGGCACAACCAACGAAAUUCGAAGAGGCGUUAUACCCUCCUUUCGUCGCUAUCUUACAGAACGACGUGCAAGAGUUUUGUCCCUAUAUAUUCCAGCUACUUGCGGCGCUGCUCGAAGCCAACCCAUCUGGGACACUCCCUGAGUAUUAUCAAAAUCUAAUCGCUCCAAUACUCAUGCCAACCAUGUGGGAGUUGAAAGGGAAUGCCCCAGCCCUUGUUCGCUUGCUAUCAUCCAUUAUCCACAGAGCAGCGGACUGGAUUACGAAAAACAAUCAAAUCGAGCCCGUUCUUGGUAUUUUCCAGAAACUCGUCUCCUCAAAAACGAAUGAAAGCUAUGGUUUUGAUCUUCUUGAAAGUGUCAUUGCUAAUUUUCCUUCAACACUUCUGGAGAAAUAUUUUGUUUCCAUCAUCCAAAUCAUCCUCACACGCCUUCAAAACUCCAAGACAGAAAACUUCGCUCUCCGCUUUGUUCGAUUCUACCACUUCAUUUCGGCCAAUGAUGCCAGAGGCUACAACGCCGAUUUUUUUAUCCAAAUAACGGAAAACAUCCAAUCAGGCGUUUUCACCCCGAUUUACCUCAACAUAAUCCUUCCUAACACUCAAAAACUCGCCCGCCCUCUCGACCGGAAAACUGCCCUAAUAUCCUAUACGAAAACACUUGCAAACUCUGAAGCUUUCGCAUCCCGCUAUAAGAAGGGAUGGGCGUUCACCUGUGAAGCACUACUGGGGAUCCUCAGCCAGGCGCCCCUGCCGGCCACUAAGGACGACAUCAUUGCCGAAAAUGACGUUGAGGAUAUGGCGUUUGGAGUUGGAUUUACGAAGCUAAAUACCAUCCGGCCGACGAUUAAGGAUCCGUGGCCAGAAAUCGUUGGGCCGCAGUAUGGUGGGUGGGUUGGGUCGUAUCUGAAAGAGGCGGAUAAGAAGCAUGGAGGGAGGAUUUCCAACUUUGCGCAGGAGAGAUUGAGUCCUCAGGCAAAGGCGGGGAUUGCGGCAUAUCUUAAUGGGUGAUUAUUGUUGUCGCGGGACAGGAAAUGCGGAGGAUUUUUUAGUGAUAUGAAUUGAAUGCUGAGCAUUGGGGCAAUCUGAUCAAGAUAAAAUCUGGAAGCUAGAAGCUAGAAGCUGAAUUGGAUGGAAGAGGAUUGUCUUUUAUUCAGUUUGCCCAUCUUGUCAUACACGUAGAGUUAUAUAGACGCUUGGGUCCAAACGGGUGAGAUUGAACUUUAAGGGGUCAAAUCUCUUCAGCCAGCCGCCAAAGUCUUUCAUUGCAUAGGGUUGGCAACAGAUUUUACCAAAUUCGCAGCAUCACAGGCUUAUCUCAUCCAUUGCUCCGGAUUGGUAAGAUGGACGAACGGAAAUAAAGGAAAGAAUGGCCCCUCCGGUUAAACUUAAGUACAUCACAAAAGUGCAAAGAAAAUAGCUUCUCAUUAAUCAUUCAGUUGCUC